AUGAUGUGACGAUGGGAGUUAUCCAGAAAAGCAUCGUCUGCACCGAGUGUGCUUAAAACCCAGCGGCAGCACACACACACACUGAAGUGACUGUAAAGGGACGGAAAACCAUCUGGGUAGAAACACGGGGCGGAACCUCCAGCUGCCGCUUUGAAAGGGUGCAGUGAUGGGAGCGUUCAGCAGACAGAAGUUUUUCCAAGAGCUUGCUCAUGGCUGCCUGCUGCCUACUGCUCAGCAGGGGUUGGAGCAGGUAUGGCAGCUGCUGCUUAUCUGCCUGCUGUGUCGGCUUCUCUGGAUGUUAGGCCUCCCCUCUUUUGUGAAACACCUGGGCACAGUGGCCGGAGGUUUCUACACUCUCUACCUGUUCUUUGAGCUUCAUAUGAUCUGGGUGGUCCUUCUCAGCCUUCUCUGCUACCUCUUCCUCUUCCUGUGCCGCCACUCUAGCAUCCGAGGCACCUUUCUCUCCAUCACUGUGCUCAUCUAUCUGCUGCUGGGAGAACUGCACAUGAUGGACACCACUAACUGGCACAAGAUGAGAGGUUCACAGAUGGUGGUUGCCAUGAAAGCCAUCUCACUGGCCUUCGAUCUGGACAGAGGUGUUGUGACCAGUGUACCCUCACCCAUCGAGUUCAUGGGCUAUAUUUACUUUGUGGGCACAGUCAUCUUUGGUCCCUGGAUCAGCUUUAACAGCUACAAAGAAGCUUUGGAAGGACGUAAGAUAAGCUUUUCAUGGCUCUUAAAAGUGUCUGUCAGCUGGGUGAAGAGCCAGCUCUGCCUCGUUAUUUCCAACUGUGUGGCUCCAUACCUCUUCCCUUAUUUCAUACCUGUCUAUGGAGACAAGCUACUACGAAGCAAAAAGAGGAGGAAGAUCAGAGGUACACCUGCAAAGUGGUUGCUGGCGUAUGAGAACACAAUGUCUUUCCACUUCAGCAAUUAUUUUGUUGGUUAUCUGAGCGAGACUACUACAAGUCUGGCUGGGGCAGGCUUCACCGAGGAGAAAGAAAACCUGAAAUGGGAUAUCACCGUGGCCAAGCCCCUCAAUAUAGAGUUUCCUCGGUCCAUGGUGGAGGUGGUAACGUCAUGGAAUCUGCCCAUGUCUCGCUUUCUGCACACCUAUGUUUUUAAGAGUGCUCUCAAAUUCGGGACGUUCUCUGCCAUCAUGGUGACGUAUACAGCCAGCGCCCUUCUGCAUGGUUUGAGUUUUCAUCUGGGUGCAGUUCUGAUAUCACUGGGGUUCAUAACAUAUAUUGAGCAUGUGUUGCGCAAGAGGCUUGCAACAAUUUUUAAUGCCUGUAUACUGUCAAGGAAAUGUCAGCCAAACUGCAGUCACCAGAAUAAAAAGGAGCUGUGGGUGUAUAUGAUUAACAUUGCAUUCAGCGCUUUGGCAAUAGUCCACCUGACGUACCUGGGUUCUGUGUUCAACUCCAGUGUGGACUACAUGGAGGAGGAGGAGGACGAUAUCACACAUCAUACCAUUCAGAAGUGGUCAGAGCUGAGCUGGACAAGCCACUGGGUCGCAUUUGGAUGCUGGAUAUUGUACCGCAUCAUUCUCUAAUAAAAGGGGACAGGGAAAAGGUGAAAGAAGCAAUAAUGAGAGAUAUUGGUUGGUUCUCCAUUUCUGCACUGUGACUUUCAUCAGAACAAAGAGAACAGAAUCAGCCUGUAUGCAGUGAUAAACCAACACACAGUGGUUUUAGACUGUGCCACACCGCAACUGGGUGAUCUCGUAUUCUGACCUGGGGACUAGUUUUGAUAUCCGUGAAAUGAUAGCCCGCUUUUCCUUCCUCUUCCUUAUAUCGUAUCCUUUUUAUCUGAGCCACAGUUGUUGAGCCCUCAUGUUGUGACAGCAGUUACUGACGUUUCACUGUGAGCCACAGUCAAUAUCUAUCAGCGUGGUGGAGAUUGGUUGCUAGUUUCUGUGGAUACAUGAUAGAGCCAAUUAUCUAGUUUUCACCGUCUGCUGUGACAGAUCCAGAUGUGGAUUCACUUCUCCUCAAGUGUUUUACAAUUGUAGUUUUAGGUUUGAAGGAUAAGGCUGGCAGUAUUCUACAGUUUUCUUACAUUCAACAAAUCCAAUGAAAAGACCAAAACCAACAAAGUAAGUAGACAUCUCUUAAUUCUUUAGGACUCUUCCAGACUGCCUGUUGUUCUCAGCCCCAAGGCUAUUCAGUAUAGUUUGAUUAAAAAAAAAAAAAAGGCAGAUUGAUUACCUAAUGCACCUAGGCAGUGUACAUUUUAAUAAAUGUUACUCAAAGAGGAUUAAUCGGUGCAUUUGUCAGGAACUACUGUAUUUUCAGUGGCAGAUCAAUAUGCAUUUGGUGCUCUGGGGCUGCAUGUGGCAGCAGAACAGUGAAUGAGGGAUUGAGUCUAAUCAAACUAUGGUGCCUAUGUUCAUUUCAAUGGAGGAGCAUGCCACCUACGGCAACAGCAUGGCUCAUGCCUUUGUGGACAACAGUGGAGGUCUUUGACACAGAAGAAUAAGAUGGAUUAAGUUUCGGGUACAAAGGCAGUGCUGUUAGUAGAAUCAGUUCACUGUUGUCUUUUGUCCUUUUAUGGAAUUUGUUGGCAGUAGGAAAAAUACAGACUCUCACGAGGCUUGUCCUGUAACAGAGUCUGUCUCCUGAGCAUGUAUAAGACAACAAGGGGUUUACUUUUGAAUGAAAAGAGCGCAGCUUUUCCAUUUGUGAAUUUAGAUAAAGAAAAGUAAAUAGUACUGUAAGUCAAUUAAUUCAGUCAGUUCAUUUUUGUGUUGCAACGUCCUACUAGUGUUUGUAUUUUGCUUAGUGUUAUUUUGAUGAUUGCCUUUGAACUGAAUUUUCACCUUUGCUUAGAGAAGGUGUUAUUAGUAUAUAUGAACAUUAGAAGCAAGCUCUCGCUCUUCAGUACUGGAAAGAACAGUAUUACACGUGUUACUGUAAAAAUGUUUAAAUAUCUCUUACAUCUUACAGACUCACGAUGAAAUUAUACAGUAUGGCUAUUAUAUUACUGUAAAUAUUUAUCCCUAAGUAUAGAUUUUUAUUACAUUGCUGCUUUUAAUUAUGCAUUUCAGUAACUGAUGAAAGAACGUGUGUUUCAGAUUGUGAUCACAUUUUGUGCAUCUUUCUUAAAUCUACAAUAUUAAAGGAGAUGUAGUGUUUAGAAUAGAGCCUGAAUGUUUGUUCAUGCCCGAGCACCAGUGCUCAGUCUCUGCAGAUGUAAUGCCACUCAAUCCACCGAGUAUUUUAAAUACUAUUCUGAUCUUUACUUUUUUUUUCUUUGAUGUAAAUGUGAAGGCACUGACACAACUGUGAUAUUUUUAUAAAAUUUUACA